AUGCUCGAAGGACGCUCAUAUCAGGACGGAAGUCUUUGGUUUUAUGCACCAAAUAAGGGUGCUCCCAUUGCAUUCGCAAUCCUGUUCGCAAUUUCUGGGGCUAUUCAUUUCUACCAAACCUGGAGAUACAAGUCCUGGAAAGUGACAGGCUUCUUGCCCUGGUCAGCGCUGCUCUUCACCGGAGGAUUCAUUACUCGGGCGAUCGCGGCGUUUGGACAAUGGAGCAAUAUCAAUCUUUAUAUCGCCAGUAGUGUCUUACUUCUUGCUGGACCACCCGUAUAUGAAACUGCGAACUAUUUCAUUUUAGGGCGGAUUCUCUACUAUAUUCCAUACCACUCACCUAUACACCCCGGUCGCGUGUACUCAACUUUCAUCGCCUUCGGUGUUGUAAUCGAAUCCAUCACUGCCAACGGCGCAGUCCAACUUGCAAGCGGUAACUCGACACACAACCAGCAGAACAUCGGAAAAGCAUUACUCAAGACAGCUUUGAUCCUGCAACUUGCCUUGAUGGCGGCAUUCAUUGCCCUGGCUUCUCGGUUUCAUUUUAACUGCAAAGGAGCGGGGGUGCUGAGCCACAAGGUGAAGCGCUGCUUGAUUGUUUUAUACAUCAGCUGCACGCUGAUAACGAUCCGGACGAUCUAUCGCACCGUGGAGUAUUUUAGUGCGGCGAGUUUGAACAAUUACAUCGACAUCCAGCAUAUUAGCCCUAUCCUUAAACAGGAGUGGUUCUUCUGGUUCUUUGAGAGUGUAGUUAUGUACAGCAAUACCACUCUACUUAACGUGUUUCACCCGAUGCAUAAGCUUCCGCGUUCAAACAAGAUUUAUCUUGCCGAUGAUGGUGUGACAGAGAUUGAGGGACCAGGCUAUGACGACCCCCGUCAUUGGAUUCAGACUUUCGUCGAUCCAUUCGAUGUCUAUGGGCUUAUUGUGAAACGCGGCAAGCAACAGAGAUACUGGGAGACGGCGAGAGCGGGAGAGCAAAAGUCGGACCGUUACAGUGUCACUCAGGAAGCUUAA